UUCAUGGCUGAUUCAAUUAUGCUGUGACGACAUGUACGGGCAAUACAUACUAGGUCUCGCUCACAUUGGAUACGACAACUCUGGACUAAAAAUGUCAGCGUGACACAACAGCGUUAUAAAAGAACUCCAAACGAUUGUGAAUGACCUAGCCUCGCAAUAUCUCUCGACUCCGUACAACAGUGACCGACAUUUUAGCGUGGGGCAAAAGCACGAAGACCCAGCCAACAUGCAGGACGAGCGAUACGAGGCGCUGGAGCUGAUCGGCAGUGGCGCCUAUGGUGAUGUGUACAAGGGGAGGAAGAGAGGCGGAUCAGGGGAGAUCUGCGCUCUCAAGUACAUCUCCUCCUUCAGGACCAAGAAGGAGAUGAAUGAUGUGAGGAAUGAGAUCCUCAUCAUGAAGAAGGUGAACCACCCCAACAUCAUCAAGCUGCUCGACUCCUACGACAUUCCGGGAUACGUACGUAGAGCCGUUUUGUCCACAUACGCCAUAUUGUUCACAUUUACACGCCAUGUUGUCCUCAUACGCCAUAUUGUCCACAUUUACACGCCAUGUUUGUCCACAUACGCCAUAUUGUCCACAUUUACACGCCAUAUUGUCCACAUUUACAAGCCAUAUUGUCCACAUUUACACGCCAUAUUGUCCACAUUUACACGCCAUAUUGUCCACAUUUACACGCCAUGUUGUCCUCUAUACACCAUGUUGCUCGUAAAUGAAAGCCUUGUUUCCCAAUUAUUGAAGCUGUGUCAUCCUGAAAUACAUGCCAGAAAUGCAAAAGCAAAUCACAAUCUACAGUUACAGGCAAAUUCCACAAAUACACCACACAUUAUCAAAACAUUUAACAUAGGUUCACGCCAUGUUGUCCACAAAUGCAUGUCAUGUAGUCCAUUUUAUGUAGGUCACGUUGUCGAUAAAUUCACCCCAUACUGUCGACAAAUGCACGCCAUACUGUCAUACACACGCCAUACACACAGACCGAAAUGA